CUCUCCAUUCUUCAUUAGCAUACUGCUUACAGCACUGCCUAUUUAAACCGCGCUCCGAGAGAUGUUUGUUCAUUUUGCCGUUUGAAUCCGAGUGAAGAAAUGCCCGAGCAGCAGAAAUCCGCUCCCAAGAAGGGCGCCAAGAAAGCUUUGCCCAAACCAGCGGGCAAGUCUGGCAAGAAACGCAGGAGGGUGAGGAAGGAGAGUUACUCCAUCUAUAUCUACAAAGUGAUGAAGCAGGUUCACCCCGACACCGGCAUCUCCUCCAAGGCCAUGAGCAUCAUGAACUCGUUCGUGAGCGAUAUUUUCGAGCGCAUCGCGGGCGAGGCUUCCCGGCUGGCCCAUUAUAACAAGCGAUCGACCAUCAGCUCCCGGGAGAUCCAGACUGCCGUGCGCCUGCUGCUGCCUGGGGAGCUGGCCAAGCACGCCGUGUCGGAAGGGACAAAGGCGGUGACCAAGUACACCAGCUCCAAGUGAAGAGUGCCCAGAAAACACA